AUGGCAGACCUUUCCAUCAAACCGGAUCCUGACGCUCCAGGCGCAGGCGCAUCGCCGGCUGCCUUCAGCGAGGAAGACAUCUAUGAAGAUGCCGGCGACCUCGAAUUCAACCCAGACCCCAACUUCCAGUCACUAUACCUAUCCAAAGUACCCAAGUACGUUUGGGAGGCGUGGUCCAAACUCGACGACGAUGCCGAGAUCCAGAUUGGAACCAUUAGGAACUCCACGGUUAUUGGAGAAGAUGGCGCGCAAAAGGCAUGCCACUCUGUAUACAACCCGACAACCCAAGAACUCACUAUGCUUCUCUCUUCUAAUAUUGCAGAGCAUCAGCCGAUUCCAAAGGAGUAUCAGUUAGAUAUCAAUAAUGAGUCUGUUAAGAACACCUUCGUUUUCACUGAGAAAGAUCUCCCUGGCUUCAAAUCCAAAUCGAAUCAGAAGUUCGACCCUUCCAGCGCAAACAUGCCAAGUAGACUUAUGCGCAACAAGAAUGAGAAGCCUGCCGCCAAUAAACCUUUCGACCCAAACAGAAGAUUCCAACCGUACUUCAGGAAAGCAAUACCGAAGCGUACAACUCUUGCCGGAAAGGUCGCCCAUGAGUUGAACUGCAUACCUAUUGAUAACCCCGAAUCCCAGCGUCUCCUCUCAGCGCGUACUUUGGAAGCCAUGAGACCUAAGAUGCAUACGAAGUUCUUAGGCGCUGAGGACGUUAGUUCUGUUGGUUCUGGGUUCAUUCAGCCCGGUAGCAUCGCUGCGCAGAACCAAUGGGAUGCAUUUAUUAAGAAACCUGGCCAGGCAGGAGGUAAACGCCCUCAACUCCAAAAGACUGCACGUAUGCCUCAAAACGAGCUCCUGGAUAAGAUCUUCGAGUGUUUUAAGAAAUACAACUACUGGUCCAUGAAAGCUCUACGCGCCGAGCUCCAACAACCCGAGGCAUACCUCCGCGAGACAUUGGAGAGAGUAGCUGUGUUGGCGAAAAGCGGUCGAUUUGCUACGCAAUGGUCAUUGAAGCCCGAAAACAAAAUCACAAACUACGAGGCUAUGGGUGAUGCUGUGGCGCCUACGGAGGGAGUUGAAGAUUCCGAAUUUGGAGACCUGGAUGACGACGAUGAUGAUGAAGAUGUCAAAUUCGAAGAUGUUUAA